CGUCCGUAUAUAUAGACCUAAGUAAGAAGCUACCUCCCAAACUCACAACCUUUGAUUUUUCCUUUUUUUCUUUUCCCCUCUACGUACGUAUAUAGAGUUCCCGAUCGAGAGAAUCAAAAUCAGUUUGUAUCGGAAUUAGGAUCAGACAAAAUUAAUAAUUCUAAUUCCAUAUUAAUGGAAGAAGUAGGUGAUCACGGAUUCAAUGAGAAAUCGUCAGCAAUGGAAAUGGAGCACUCAUCAGCGACAGUUUCCAAGCGGAAGUUCGCGCUGUCGGUGGACUCAGAGAGCAAGGCCACUGAAUUCAAGCUGCUGUCGUUGGCAGCCCCUCACAUGCUCUCCUUUCACCUCUCAUGGUUCUCCUUCUUCACCUGCUUCGUCUCCACCUUCGCGGCCCCUCCCCUCCUCCCUGGGUCCAUUCGCGCGGGACAGACCUCAUACACUCACCGGGCCCCCCGAGAUCGGAAUGCCGGCGAGAUCGCCUCCGUGUCGCGCCGGCGAGUCGCUCGCCCGUACUCCUUAGUUGGGCGAUCCGCCUGUGACCUCGUAGGCCCUCGCCCUUCCUCCGCCGGCCUCAUACCCAUCACCGACUCCCAGUCCGUCUAUGCCACCUGCUUGUUAUCAACUCACCCUGCGAACCGUACCCUCCUGGCGCGCGCUUCUUCACGGGCAGGCUUCAGCCUCGCCUCCUGUCUCGCUGGCCAGUUCUGGAUGAGGCUCGCAUGUUUUCUUCCACGCAAGGUUGGGAACCGCAACGGCCUUGCUGGAGGGUGGGGAAACCUCGGCGGUGGGGGCUAGCAGCAGCUUCUGAUGGCCUGCUGCUGUUCGAUCUUAUUCUCAGAUGGGUCGACGAGGUUUGUGGCGUGGCGGGUGGCCUUUAUCCCGGGCCUAAUGCAGACCGUCAGCGCCAUCGCUGUAUUAGCGCUGGGCCAGGACAUGCCUGAAGGUAACUACCGGAAGCUCGAGAAGUCCGGGGACAAGCACAAGGAUGGUCUCUUCAAGGUCUUCCUCGCUGGGGUAACAAAUUACAGGGGUUGGAUAUUGGGAUUGACGUACGGGUACUGCUUCGGGGUGGAGCUGACGAUAGACAACAUCAUAGCUGAGUACUUCUUCGACCGCUUCGAUGUCAACCUGAAAGCAGCAGGGACGAUCGCCGCCAGCUUCGGACUGGCCAACAUAAUAUCGAGGCCUGGGGGUGGAUGGGUGUCGGACGCGGUGGGAAAGAGGUACGGGAUGAGGGGGAGGCUGUGGGCUCUGUGGAUCACUCAGACCAUCGGAGGAGUGCUGUGCGUGGCGCUUGGGAGGAUGGGAACGCUCAGCUCGUCCGUGGCCGUCAUGCUUCUCUUCUCCUUCUUCGUUCAGGCUGCCUGUGGCUUGACUUUUGGNGUCGUCCCUUUCGUCUCCAGACGGGCAUUGGGGCUCAUAUCUGGGAUGACGGGAGGCGGUGGAAACGUGGGAGCGGUCCUGACCCAGCUCAUAUUCUUCAAGGGAUCCACAUACUCGAGGGAGAAAGGCAUCACUCUGAUGGGCAUCAUGAUCAUCUGUUGCUCCCUGCUCAUCGCCCUCAUCCACUUCCCGCAGUGGGGAGGAAUGCUCCUCGGGCCCACACCAAACGCCACUGAAGAAGGCUACUACGCCUCUGAAUGGAGUUCCAGCGAGAAAGACAAAGGCUACCAUCAGUCUAGCUUGAAAUUUGCUGACAACAGCAAGAGCGAAAGAGGCAAGAAGAAAACAUCCGAAUCUUCACUUACCGUGCCUGUGGAUUAUUCAUCGCCUACACAUGUUUGAUUCUCUGUCUACUUGUCAAUGCCAAAUAUGUAUGCAGACGGAUGUAUACGUAUGGCAAGGUUAAUUUCCCCUUUGUCACCGCUAUCCCUUUGUGUAUAAAUAAAAAUAUAUGUGGCCUUAAAAAAAACUUUUUCUAUAAACACACAGUGAUGGUAUUGUGAGCUGA